AUGGCUGCUCACAGGGUGCUGCACGCGCUAGUCCGGCGUGCAGCGAGGUAUGAACGACCGUUCAACAGUCAAGACUCCCUCUUGAUCGUCAAGGCGUUGCAACUCCUGCGGUAUCGUAGCGACGACGUGAGGGGUGUGUGUGAAAAGUGUGCCUUUGCCAUUGUUUCUUCUCGCAUUACGGUUCCGGUGGAGCGCGCCAUCGAGGCGCUCAGUAGUCUCUUAUCGCUGCAAGCGGCCCCGCUACCCAUCGUGCAUGAAAAACUUGCGGAGAGGCUUUCUGAAGUCACCCCACAAACGGCUUCCCCGCACUCCAUCCAGAAGGCGGCGGUCGUUGUCAUGAAGCUUGGGAAACGGUACGGAAAGCCUGCGAUUGCCGAUCACCUCUUCGACAUCCUGACACAAGAGGCGGCAACGUACCCAAAAGACGCUGCCCUGCAGUUGGCGGUGAUUAGUGUCUUUAUGUACACCAGUAGCGCGGCGCAACUGGAGGGAAGGCGGUGCAGGGGAGCCACAAAGGCUGGGGAAGAGGUGGAGUUCCGGCGUACUCGCGCGGUCCUAGAAGCAGCCACACGCCUUGUGGACGCCCAUGUGCUGAGCAGCUUGCGCGGGAACAAAGCGCUGCAGGCACUUCACAUCUUUCCUGUCCUUGCACUGCGGCCCUCAACGCAUGCGUCAACCAACGGCACAGCACAAGCGGGCGUCAAUGGGGGCAGCGGCGCUAGGGGUAAUGGUCACAGCCUCGGCACGACGCUGAGGUGGGACCGCGUAGAGAAUGCAUUCCGUGAGGAGCUGCAGCUCUCCACAGUUGUUCCGGGUGGCUACGCACAGUUUUUGUUUGAUUUUCUUCCGAUUUUUCGCACUGAAAAUAACGACGAAGAGGGUGCUGUCGUUGCGAUGAAGCUGGCGCUGUUGGAGGUCCUUUGCCAGACGAACUUCCACAAGGCGUUGAACUCCUACGACGUGGCGAAAAUUGCCAUGGCCGUGAGUCACGCCCUUCCCAGUCGGUCUCCCUACGCGGGACGGCAGCGGAGGAUGGGGGCUGGGGCGGGGACGCCAGAGGUGAAGGAGGACGGCGGCGGAGCGGGGGCAGGCGACCACCACGAAGCCCUGGAGGACCGCACGCUGCUGCGGGUCGUCUCAAGUCUCGUGCGGCAGUUGCAGUUCUUUGACGAUGUUGCGGGUUGGUCGCGUCCUGGUGGUGGGCGUGUGGAGCAAGUGGCCGUCGGCGCCGUGUGGCGAGUCACACAAAAGCUUGUUUGCAGCUUGCGGCCGGCGACGGAGGAGGUUCAGACAACUGUGGCGCAGCUGGUGAAGCUGACAGAAGGCAUUGCCGCAAAGCUAACCGAUGUGUGGUCCUGGGUGCUGUACUCGAUGAGCAUGUGCGCCCGCACGGCGGUGUACACAGACGGCGUAAGGGAUGUGAUGGGACUCCUCAUCCAAGAGUCGUUUCUCGGACACCGUCCAGAAGCGUUGCCGCUUCGCUCCUGCGUGCAGGGUCUAUACGCGGUGUCCAUCCUCGUGGUACCCAGCACUGAGGAAAGGCAGCUGCUGCGACGGCGUACGACGGCGGCCGUGGAGGUUCGGGAACGUGUUCGUGCACGUAGCGAAGGAUGGAGCCCCGAGCACCCUUUCGUUACGGACAUGCUGCAGCGUCUAACGGGGUUCCGCUUUAGGGACUACUCCGGCGAUGAUGUUCCUAUGCUAUUAAAGGCCCUUCUUCACCUGAUGGAGCUGUCGACGGCGCAGCACGCGAAGGUGUCUCCUGCUGUUCAGCAGCUGAUGGAGCGGGUGUUUUACUACAUGCAGGGCAACCGCAACUUGGAGUGGUGCCGCAUGCAUGGUGUGGAUAUUACCUGCACCUUGAUUUCCAUGGCGGAAUUCCUUCCGGACGACUACAAGCAAUUAAAAGAUGUGACAAAACACUUCUUGCUUAAAUUGCAGUCUCAAGGCAUGAUAGACCUGGGCGUGCUUCGUCGUUGGAUGGAGCAGUUGGCGCAGCAAAAACGGAGCGGGAACACAUCGGCAUGGCUGUGUGAAGAGGUUCUAGCGUUGCUGGCGUUGCAAAUACCUCGUGUCGGGACGGGACGGAAGGAAUCUUUUUAUCCUUUACUGAGCGCUUUGGAGUGUGCCCAUGCAAUUGGGGGAUCCAUUGCGUUUGUCCAUUUACCCGAGGAGGCCUCCAACGCCCGGCGUGUGCCGAUUUUUUUUGAUUUGGCGCCGCUUCUGCAGGAUGAGAGUCUGACUCCCGUGGAUGCGGCACAUCUGCUGCGCAUUAUGAGUUACGAGGUGCAAAGCAGCGGCCUUUUGCGGGUUCCUCCUGCGCACAUUGUCCGGCUGCGUUGCAUUGCCACUUGCAACCAGGCGGCUGCCAGCAUGCGGGUGGAAACGCUACUCCACCUCUUGCGUGCGAAUGCCACUUUGCCGGCGUCGAAGGCGCUCUUUGAUAGAGCAACCCUGGAAUACAUUAUGGCCGUGGUUUGUCAUCAAAUGACGGAACACCGACUGGCUCUGAUGCGGCGCGGGGAAGGAAGUAAGAUUGUGCACGCCCUUCUCUCCUCCCAGGUAUUGCUGCGGUUGGGGUCUUCACUGCGGAGUUACAAUGGUCUAGCAGAGGCCGUCACGGAUCUCUUUGACGCACUGGAGGCCACCGGAGCGGAGAGGCGAGAUACGCUGUUUCAGCUGCGGCUUUUAUGUGGUAACUGA